AUGGUGCGCAAGGCCAGGGUGGUGUUCGACGAGAGCCCGCCCGAUGACUUCGAUCCGGCGAAGCCCUAUGCUGAUCCGGUGGCGAUGUUGGAGUACAGGGAGCACCUGGUGCGCGAGAAGUGGAUCCACAUCGAGACGGCGAAGAUCAUCCGGGAGAAGCUCAAGUGGUGCUACCGCGUCGAGGGCAUCAACCACCUGCAGAAGUGCCGCCACCUCGUCCAGCAAUACCUCGAGGCCACCCGCGGCGUCGGCUGGGGGAAGGACGCCCGCCCCCAUGAGUUCCACGGUUGCCCUCGGUCCCCCUUUACCCUUUCCGCAUCUUCUCCAUUUCUCUUAUCCAUAUUCUUCGGUUUUUGAAAAAAACCUUCAGGUCCGAAGAAGGAUCCCGAAUCAGAGUAG